CUCCUCUAACAGACCAGGCCCACCACCAUGCUACGCUCUUGCAUUAUCCUCGCCCUGGCCACAAGUGCCCUUGCUGGUCACGUUGGCCACCUUGCCGGAGGCUACACUCUAGCCAAUAACCUCGGUUACGCCGGUCUUGGUUAUGGUGGUCUUGGUCUCUCCAACUACGGCCUUGCCCAUGGCGUUGGAUACUCCGGCCUCACCGGCUACGGCGUCGGUUACGGAUAUGGUUACGUGCCAGCCGCCAGCUAUGCUGUUGCUGCCCCAGCCGUCGCCCAAACCGUCUCCUCCUACCAUGCCGCCCCAGCUGUGACCACCGCUCACGCCGCCCCAGCUGUGACCGCUGUUCACGCCGCACCAGCUGUAGCUGCUGUGCAUGCUGCUCCAGCCGUGGCUGCUGUGCAAGCUGCUCCAACCGUGACUGCUGUGCAAGCUGCUCCAGCCGUGACUGCUGUCCACGCUGCCCCAACUACCACCACUUAUGCCGGCUACGGAUACGGUUAUGCGCCAGCCGCCAGCUAUGCGGUCGCUGCCCCAGCCGUCACCCGCACUGUCUCCGCCUACCACGCCACUCCAGCUGUGACCGCUGUGCACGCUGCCCCAGCCGUGGCUGCUGUGCAAGCUGCUCCAGCCGUGACUGCUGUCCACGCUACCCCAACUAUCGCCACUUAUGCCGCGGCACCAGCUGUCACCUACGCAGCCGCCCCAGCUGUAACCAAGGUUGUCCAGCAGGCCGCUCAGGUUGUUGCUGCUGCUCCAGCUGUCGCCACCUACGCCGCUGCCCCAGCUGUGACUGCUGUCCACGCUGCUCCAGCUGUCGCAGCCGUCCAUGCCACCCCAGCUGUCGCUGCCGUCCACGCUGCUCCAGCUGUCGCUACCUACAGUGUUGCCCACGCUGCCCCAGCCAUCGCUACCUAUGGUGUCGCCCACUCCGCCCCACUCUACUACGGCUAUGGUGUUGGCUCCCUCGGAUAUGGUGGUGGUCACUACGGUUAUGGCCAUGGUCUGCUUGGUUAUGGUCUGAACUACGGCUAUGGCCUUGGCUCUCCCCUGAACUACGCCACCCUUCUGCGCAAGAAGAAGUGUAAGUUCCCUUACUUCUCUCAAAGGUGUUGUACACGACCUCGAUUUCUGAAGUUCUCACAAUCAUAUACCAUUAUCUUUCUUUUUACAGAAAUGGCGCUCUUCUAA